AUGUCUACACCAGAUAUAGACCCAUAUGGCGUACUCGGCGUCGCCAAUGAUGCAACCAUCACCGAGAUCAGGGCCGCCCAUCGGAAGCGGGUCCUCAAAUGUCACCCGGACAAGAUUCAGGACGUCUCACAGCGAAAUGCGGCCCAAGAUGAAUUCCAAAAGGUCCAACAAGCUUACGAACUACUUUCCGAUGAUCUUCGCAGGAGGAAGCACGACGAGAAAGUGAAGAUUGCCGAGCUCAAGCGCAAGAUCGCGGAGAGCAAGCGGACAGACCCGGCAUACAAUUCUCCGCGCGCCAACAAUCGCGAAUUCCGCAAUGGCCAUAUCGUGGAGGAGCGGGUCCCAAUGGAGGUCUACUUUGAAGAGGCAAUGCGAUUCACAGAAGAGCCCCGCCCAAUGUCUCGCAAGUACACCGAAGAGUAUGGUGUUCGCACGAAGCCCAAGACCCCAGCCGCGGAGGAGAAGAAAAAGCCUCGCACGCCGUUGGGCUCAGACCGCGCCGCUAAGGAGAAACGGGACAGUGCGAAAGCCACACAUUCCAACCGCGCAAAGACACGCGAUCAAGAGCGACGGCGACAAACCGAGGCCAAAUUUGAGGCCAACUAUGCGGAAUCUGACGAUGCCUCGGAUUCCAGUGCCAUGAACUACAGGUACCACACGCGACCAAGUACAACGCCUCGCCGGGAGCGGGAGGAACGAGAAUCGCGAUCCCGACCAGAGCAUCCACGCCGCCGUGAACGUCGCUACGAGGAUGACGGCAACCUGUCUGAUCACUGGAAGACCAAGAUUGAGACCACGACCUUUAGUGCGGAGGACUACAUCGCAUCCAACAAGGGUCGGACCAAGUCCCCACGCGCCUACCGUGGUUACGACUCCCCGGAAAUAGACUCCUCCAGCUCCCGUUCCGAACGGCGACCCGCUCGUUCCUCGUCUCGCAAUAACUCAUAUGAGAACAUGGGCACUCCCAAAUCUUACGAGGUCAAGACGCCCAAGAUGCCAUCCGCCACGACAACCCCAGGCAUCAAGACACACCUGCGUCCAUUCAUGCCCACUCGCUCCCACACUACCAGCGCAGGCUACGUGCGCCCCAAGCUUGAAACCCGCGAAAGUCGCAAAUCUCGCGAUUCAACUCUUUACGACAUGGCACAUGAGCCAACUCCAGCAUCGCGCACUUCCAAGAUGCGUGAUCGCACCGAUUCCGGUUAUUCCAGUCCUAACACCCCGGAGCUCCCGCGUGGCACCUCCCCCAAGACCUCACAGCGCUACAGCAUCCUCGAAGAACCGGAGCGUCGCGUCGUGGAACCAAAGUCUUCAAAGUACCGCUCAGGCUCAGCACGAUCCCCAGAUCGGGAGCGUUCGACCCCGACCCGCGCAACCCCCAAGCGAAGCAGCACAUAUCAAACAUAUGAGUCUUCACCACGUGCAGAGCGGGAACGGUCCUCGCGAACUUCUCGCCCUUACGAGGUUCGUUAUAUCCGACCUAAGGAGAAGGAACCCAAAUUCCCGGGAGCCUACGAACCCGACGUUCCCAGUUAUUCAACAAGGCGUCCUUACGAAGAAGAAUAUCAUCGAAUUACCCCAGACAGACGCCAGUCUGUCAGAUGA